CGCGCGCAGCAGGGCCGCCCGGGCCGACGGUGGCUGCCUCCGCCUGUGGCCGCCGGAAGCUGGGCCGGCCGCGGGGCGGCCGCGCGGCUGAGUGCUGGGAUGGCGCGCCAGGUGCCCAUCAGCUUCAUGGACUUGGCCGUGCGGUUCUCCGAGGAGGAAUGGAGGCUGCUGGAGGAGCGGCAGCGGGAGUUCUACCGAGACGUGAUGCGGGAGAACUACGAGACGCUGGUCUCCGUGGGGACAGAUGAGCUGCUUCCCCUUUCUGCUUUUCUGUCACCUACGGAGCCUGGAGCAGCUAUGGGAGGAGGGAGUCACGGUGAUGAGGGGCAGGAGCCUCCUGUAAAGGGAAGCCCCCAGGGAAGACAGCCUCGGCACAGCCUGCACCUCACCGCCCUGGUGCAGUUGGUGAAGGGGAUCCCAGAGUUCUUGUUCCGGGAAGUCAAGGGCACUGAGGACAGCCCUGAGAGCAGGGGAACCAGCCUGGAUGGAGAAAGAGCGAGCCCUGAGGUGACCAUGGAAGUGGAGUCUUGCCCUCCCCCAGGUCUGCUCAGCUGCCUUCCGGACAGCCCUGUGAGCCAGCCCAGCCUGGCCACUACACCGACCAGCAGUUCGUCCUCCAGUGGCCCGCCUGGAGAUGGGGGGCCCGGAAGACCCCUCCUCAUCAAAACUGUGGACAAACCAUGGCCAACAGGAAGGGGAGGCCCAGGAACGCCUGCUGAGGAGCUGAGCCCUCCCACCUGCAGCUCUGGCCAGAGGAAGAACCACCAAAUCCAGGAGAGAGGGACCUCAAGGACUGGAAUCUCUCCUGGGAAUAGCCCCUUGCAAGGCCUCAUCAACUGUCUGAAAGAAAUCCUUGUGCCUGGGCCCCAGAAUGCUGAGGCAGCACCAAACUUACUACCUGCUGUCCCUCUCCUGGGUGCAUCAAGGUUGACCACGGUGAAGCCGGGGCCAGCAAGCCCACCCUGGCCAGUGAAGACUGAGUCACCUUCGGGGGAUCCUCCUCUCCAGGGUCUGCUGAACUGUCUGAAGGAGAUCCCAGAGGCCCAGGACAGGUGUCCCAACCCCUCAGGAGCAGGGGACCUGCUGCUACAAGAGGAUCCAGGGACCUUGAAUAAGAAUUCUGAAGGGUCCAGACACCUCCAGACCCCUCCUUCCUGCCCUGGUACCGAAGCUGGCAGCUCAUUCACUGUGGUCAAGGUAGAGGACAGCUGGUCCCAGAGCCACUUGGAGCCUGUGUCCUGCCAGCUUGGUAGGCAGGGUCAUAGCCUCUCUGCUACCAGAGACACCAAAGGGAUCGGAACACACUGCUGGGGCCCCACAGCUCAAGCCAGCAGGGCCUCAAGCUCACCACUGGCAGCUCUGGAGGCCUGUCUGAAAGGCAUUCCCCCAGGUGGGUCAUCACCACUCCGGACACUGGCCACCUCUGUGUCCCAGCGGUCAGAGCUGCAGUCUCAAGGAUCACACAGUGAAGAGGCCACCAAGGAGCCACCUCUGCCUCUGGGCCUGCAGGGCUAUGUGAGAGAGAGUCUGGCUCAACCCUCAGGCUCCCGAGGCACCCCCACCAGCUUUUCCUCAGCCUGCAGCACCGAUGGGGACCUGGAUUUUGGGAGUCCUGGGGGGAGCCAGGGACAGCGGCCUGGAAAAGGAUGCCUGCCAGGAAGCUCCCCACUCCAGGGGCUGGAGAACUGUCUCAAAGAGCUGCCGGUACCCAGGCAGCAGCCUGCCCGGGCUUGCUUCUCAGCAGCAGACAGGGAGCCCAGGAGAGUGGAACCUAAGAAUUGGAUGGCGUACAAGGAAGGACUGAGGGGUGAGGCCUCUGAGUCAUCCUGCCUCAGACAGGGUGGAGAAGUGCCUGCUGGGAGCCUGCAUCUGACCAGCCCACAGGCAUUCACCUCCAGCUGCAUCCGCACCUGCCACCAAGGGUUCAAAGAACAGGGGACCAUCAGGCCGGAGCCAUGGAAAUGGCUGCAAGAUGGGGCAGCCCCCAGGCCCUCCCCACUGCACUGUCUAGAGACCUCUCUGAGGGGGAUCUUGCCUGUGAGGCCCUUGCGCUUCGCCUGCUUGGUGGGCCCUGGCCCUGGCCCUGGCCCCAGCCCCAGCCCUGGCGCCAGCUCAAGCCUCAGCAGCUCUGAUGAAGAUGCACGGAUGGAACCCGAGCCCUGGCGGCCACCCCUUCAGGAGAUAGAGCACCUUCGCAGCUGCAAGCAUCCAGUUCCUCUGUCCCCUGGCCCUGGCAGGUCCCCCAGAGGCAACAGUGGCAGCAGCCCUCGUGAUGGGCCUGAAAGAAGAGAGCUUGAGGACCGCAGUGGCCUUGGUGCAGUAGGAAAAGCAGAAGGGACAGGAGACAAGCCCCGGUCACCCAGGAGAGAAGAGGCUGCAGAGAGUGCCUGCCUACCCAUCCCUCUCAGCAGUGCCGCAGGAGGAGGAGAGGCAGCGGGGCAUCCCUGGCCUGCCCCUCAGCUGGAAAAAAGGCCCAGUUCCGGGGGAGGUGAAGAACCCAGAAGCCAAGAGCCUGGAUGUGGAAGGCACAGUGUUGCAGCCAGGACCCAAAGGAGGCAGCUCCCCAGGGACCCACCUGAGCCACCCAGCAAGUGUCCCCUUCCGGCAGCUGUCUCACCGUUGUGGCCAGCUGCCUCCCCGCAGCCACCAUGCCCCUGUGGGAGGCCCCUGCGACAGGAGCUGCACAGUCUUGGUGCUGCGCUCACAGAGAAGCUGGACCAGCUGGCCACAGCCCUGGCAGGACUGGCUCAAGAAGUAGCCACCAUGAGGACCCAAGUGGAUCGGCUGGGGAGGCGCCACCAGGGUCCUGGGCCAAAGCGCCAGGCUUCCUGGCCCUGGUCACUCCCCCGGGGGCCUCGCUGGGCCAAUGGACUGGGUCACAGACACGUGCCCUACUGGAGGCAAAAGGGCCCUGCCAGACCUAAACCAAAGAUCCUGCGGGUCCAAGCAGAAGGCUGCCGGACAGGUUCAGUCAGAUGCUGCUCCCUCCUGUCCUCACGAGGACCAUCCACACUCAGGUGGUGGUGUGUGCGCGCACAGAGCCGUGUAUCGGGACCAUGAGGCCCUUUCCCUGACCACCGCCCCUCCUGAUCUUGGAGCCCAGCAGAGGGCUGGGCCCUUGCUUUCCUGGAGUAAAUGCUGGCACAUGUGGUUUUGAGAGAACUCUGCCCUGCAAUCUAAGCUGGAUGACCAGUGUGGGUUCUAAAGGAUAUUAGCUGCUGAGGAAGGGCCCUUGACUCCUAUAGGAAGGCACUUGGUGGGGGCCCACACUGGGCUGGACUGGGCCCCCAGUACAGUGGGGACAAUGCAGCUCAGCAUCCCACAUAAUGCACCUCUGGAGACGCCAAGGCACCUUAGCAGUGCUGCUCCCUAGGGGCUAGCCUAGGGCUACCCAACAAGUGCACAGGCUGGCAUUGCAUGCCCGAAGCCUGAGCUCAGGAUCCUCAGGGUUGGUUCUUUCUGCUGGCCACGAGGGCAGGUCUGUACCGGCCUCUGUAUACAGGCACAGAGAGGUGCCGUCUUUGUAUCUGCAGUGUCUCGUGCAUCUCUGUCUCCGGGUACCUGCUUUGUGUCAGGGUGCCAGCUGUGUUGGGGAGGCCUGCCCUCAGAGCUCAUUUCAACCUGAUCACUUCUAUAAAGACCCUCUCUUUAAGUAAGGCCUGAGGUCCUGAGCACAGGCUGGGACACCGGCCCAUAACACACAAGGGAAUGGGGUCAGUCUUGGGUUUGUCUUGGACACCAGUGGCAUGACCACUGUCACUAAGCAGGCUCCUGCCCUGCUGGGUGGGACAGACCAGCUGUGGCCCCGUCGUGGACACUGGACAGUGCUCCAGUGCUGCCCGCCUCAUCUCCAGAGCUGGGGCUCCACCCACAUCCUCAUUUAAUCUGAAGAACGUCCAGGAACUGUGCCAAUGCACACAGGGCCCUGGGGACCCUGGGUGCCCCUGCUGAAGCCCAAGGCCACGAGGGCCCUCUGUCCACAAUGACCACGCAAGCUGCUUUGCCCAGUGUGUCCCUAAGGCGUGGGCCACUGGAGACAGCUGUGACCUGAUGCCCCUCCAGGUCCUGCAUGGGGCUCACCCCUCCUUGCUGCUGGCUGCCAGUGGUGUCUCAGCAGAGCAGCCCGGGGCCGAGACCACCAAAAGGGGCAUUUAAGGUACUUACAGGACCAGAGCAAGUGCCGAGGUGAUGGCGAGGAAGUCAGCACGCGUCAGAUUGUGUAGGCAGGGUGUUGGCUGGAAGAGUGGCCUCUCCGCUGUGCUGACAGGACGGGAAAGUCCUCAGCUCCUGUUCCAGAGUAGCACUGGGCACUUUUCAGCACCAGCAGGCAGGGGUAGGACGCAGACUGGCUGGAGAGGUGUCCCACGUGGGUGGCCCUUGCCUGGAGGGAGGGAAUUCUGUCCAUCUGCUGAAACACGCCCUCUCCUCUCUUCUCUCCCUUCUAAGCAGGGGCAGCGGGAAGGGUCCCACUUUGAGUGGGACAUCAAGGUGGUUUUUGUCCCCUGGGCUUUACAGACAGCACAUGAGCCCUAUGCCACAGGGGCAAAGGGACAGUUUGGCACAUGAAAUACUUGCUCAGGGUUGCAGCUGCCAUUGGUAGAGCUGGGAAGAGUUAGCAUUCUCAUUGCUGCCCGGCACUUGGCCCCUCCUCCUUGGUGCGCCACCUCCUCCUGCCUGAGUCUGCCCCUGACAGGAGAGUCAGGACUGACCCAGCCCAGGUUGUCCAGGGCUCACCAGACUACUGUGGUCACCAUGGGAUGUGAAUGGUUAAAUGGUAGGAAGUUCCCUGAUGGGCAGCUGUGUUCAUCUUGCAGGAAGCAGGUCUCUAGCGUCUUCCAUGAUUGCUAGCUGAAGAGCCUUCUAGAGUCUGAUUUGAUGAGAGGCUAUAUACAAUAUAGGUAUUUGGUGCUGUGUCCAGCUGCUGUGCAGGGGCUCUUUUGGAGAAGAAAUGUAGCCACUUUGAGGAAAACAGGACCUUUCUGAGGGGCCUGGAGGUGGGGACAACGAAGGCUCCAGGUCUGCAUGCCACCAUCCUGGGAAGCAGCUCCCAGCUGGCCUGAGUGCAGGUCCUCCCUCCCUCCCCACCCAGCUCAUGAGGGGCCCUCCGCCUACUCCAUCUCCCCCUGCCAGCCCAGGCCCUCAUGAGGCAGGAAAGUGGGAAGGUCCCACUCAGAUGUGAGUAGGUUUCCCAUGUCCCCACCUAAGCCACCCCUAAGUGUCCAGUGGAAUUGGGGGAGAGAGUACAGGGACCACAGUUCACUGCCUGUCAACACCAUGCAGUUCACUACUCCCUCCUAAAGGGGCCUCAAGCACUGGUAGCCAGAUUGCUCUUGGGUUUGUUAAUACCUUCUUAGAUAUUGAUGAAGCUUUAUUUUAUUCAUUUAUUUAUAUGCGGUGCUGAGAAUUGAACCCAGGGCCUUACACAUGAUACGCAAGUGCUCUACCCCUGAGCCACAAACCUAGCCCCGCCAGAUUGCUCUUGACCUCACAUCUCCAUGUGUUAAAUGUGCCUCCUAUCAACCAUCUACAUGUGGAUUUUAUCUCAUAAUCCAUCUUAAAUGUUAUUCUGGGACCCCUUAACCCAUUUAAAUGUAGCAAUUACAGAUAAUACUUAGGAUUGAAUGUA